AUGAAGAAUCUGAAGAAACACAAGAGUCUGUCGGCCGAUCAGAUCCCGAUCCGAAUGCCGUUCGAACGGCUCCACCAAAUGCUCCAGAAGGAGGUCUUCGGCCAUAAAGUGGACAUUCAGUGCACGCAAUACAUUGUUGUGAUACUCGAGUACAUCGCCGCCGACAUCUUCCAGUUGGCCGGACAUUACGUCAAGAAUAUCAGACACGACGUGAUCACGUGUCAAGACAUUAAGAUCCGGUACUUCCAGUUGGCCGGACAUUACGUCAAGAAUAUCAGACACGACGUGAUCACGUGUCAAGACAUUAAGGUGGCGAUGUGUGCGGACAAAGUGCUGAUGGAUAUGUUCUAUCCGGACGACGACGUCUCGCUCAACAGUAAUGUCAACGAAGACCUCUGCGAACAGAAACGGCGGACAUCUGUGACGUACGACGAAGUGGUGAAGGAUCUGAUCCACGAAGAGAAACAAUUCAUUCGCGAUUUGGAUCUCAUAAUCAAAGUAUUCCGCGACCCCUUCCGCAAACUAUUGCCACCCAAAGAGUUGGACAAACUAUUCUUCAACAUCGACGACAUCUACGACUUCAGCGUCAACUUCUUGGGCUCCAUCGAAGACGCGCUGGAAGUGGCGGAGGAUAGCUGUCCGCCGAGUAUCGGCAGCUGUUUCGAAGAGUUGGCCGAAUGCGCCGAAUUCGAUGUCUACGAACGGUAUAUACUGGACGUGAGCCAGACGUACGACGGCUCGCGGGUGUCCACAACGGGCGGCGGUGUCAACAGUCGCGGCAACGAUAAGCUCCAGACGCUGUUGUCGGACCCGAACACCGCCGUAACGCUGAGUACGACGGGUCACGGCAUGAUUCCGGCCUUCAAAUACGUGCUUCCGAAGCUACUCAUAGGGCCGGUGUAUCACUGCUUCUCCUACUUUAAGUACAUCGAUCUCUUCAAAGACCUGACCACCAGUGAUGAGGACAAGGAGUCCUUCGAACAGGCGGAGGGACUGCUCGCCCCACUCAAGAACAACCUCGAGAGGGUCUGCAAACGCAACGCUAAGCCAGGUGAGGGAUAUCUGCGACUAUACGGUCGUACGAAUCGGGCGGCGGCGUUGACGAAGAUGUCUGAAUUGCAGCGAUCCAUCGAUGGCUGGGAAGGCAAAGACAUCAGUCAGUUCUGCAAUGAGUUCGUAAUGGACGGACCGCUGGGCAAACUGUCGGGCACUUCCACCCGCUCGGGCCGUAUCACCGAACGCCACGUAUUCCUAUUCGACGGCCUAAUGGUGUUGUGUAAGCCAAACAACAAGCGCUCGUCGAUGACUGUGGCCGUCGGCGGUAAUCCGCAGUGCGAGUGGCGGCUCAAAGAGAAAUACUUAAUCCGAAACAUUGAGAUUAUCGAUAGGGAAGACUAUAGUAAUGAUACGGAGAUUAACGGAACAAAUUUUUACAAUAAUAACGGCUCGGGAGGCGGCGGUGGCGGCGGCACCGGUACUCACCAUUUGCCCAAAUACGCGUUCGAGAUAGCACCUAGAAAUCAGGCGAGAAUUAUACUGUUCGCCAAAACGCUGGAGGAGAAGGCACUCUGGAUGUCAAACCUUAUACUUUUGAACACCCGGUCAAUGCUUGAGAGGACACUGGACUCGAUGCUCAUCGACGAGGCGAAGAAGCAUCCGUUGCGGUUGCCGUCGCCCGACGUCUACCGGUUCGCCGUCGAGGACUCGGACUCUAACAUUAUGUUUGAAGAAAACAAAUCCAAUUCUAACGUUCCACUCAUUAAAGGUGCAACAUUGUUGAAACUGGUGGAGCGGCUCACGUAUCACAUGUACGCCGACCCGAUGUUUGUCCGCACAUUUCUCACCACAUAUCGAUCCUUCUGUACGCCGCAGACGCUCUUAGACCUACUGAUCGAGCGCUUUGAGAUACCGGAGCCCGAGUUUAAUCAUAACAACACCGCUAUCACAAACACUGCACAACAAAACUCAAACCCACAACAACCGCAACAAUACAUGAACACCAAUAGCGCCAAUCAAAACGUUAAUAACAUUAACAAUAACAAUGACAUACAGUAUAACAACGGCGGCGGUAACGGUGGUGGCGGCGGCGGAGGAGUGGGCCUCAGCUGCUGUAACAACGCUGCGGUCGACGGCGGACCGCACUGUCAGCACAUAUACGAGAAUUCGGAGAUCCGUAACAAUCACCGCGAGAUUCUGAAGCGCUUCCGGAAGGAGUACUCACAACCCGUGCAGUUCCGUGUGUUGAAUGUGUUGCGCCACUGGAUAGACAACCACUACUACGACUUCGAGAGGGACGCCGGCCUUCUCGAGACGCUGAAGAAGUUUCUGGACGAAAAGGUGCGCACAAAGAAGAAUAUGCGGAAGUGGUGCGAGAAUAUUAAGAAAGUAUUAGAGCGCAAGUCAGAGAUGAGCGCCUGUGAGCCACAGAUCACACACAGCUUCGAGAAGACCCCUCCAAACAUCGAGUGGUGGCUCUCCAAAGACCCCCAGAAGUUUGAUUUGCUUACCUUACACCCGAUUGAGUUGGCCCGACAGCUGACACUACUGGAGUUUGAUCUCUACCGAGCAGUCAAACCGUCCGAAUUGGUGGGCACUGAAGGCCAUGGUGUGGAGGUUACAUACUUCAUAUUCUGGUUGGAGAAGUGUAUCGUCGAGACGCCAAACUUCGAGGAACGGGUGGCCGUCAUGUCGCGCAUCAUUGAGAUAAUGAUUGUCUUACAAGAGCUAAACAACUUCAACGGUGUGUUGGAAGUGAUCUCCGCCAUCGGGAGUGCGUGUGUCCACCGAUUAGAGCACACAAUGACACAAAUUGAGAAGAAUUCCAAACUCAAGAGAGCCCUCGAAGACGCACAGGAGCUCACAGUCGAGCACUUCAAACGAUAUCACGAGAAGUUACGGUCCAUAAACCCUCCGUGUGUCCCAUUCUUCGGCAUGUAUUUGACAAACAUAUUGCAUAUAGAAGAGGGAAACCCCGAGUUUCUGGUCACUCCACAACUCAAUCACUACGACUCCCAAUCGACGCUCACCUCUAUCUCGUCGGCGACCAGCGUUCAGACCACCAAUACGUCGCUCCUGUCGUUGAGCUCCGGCGGCACCACCUGUUCGACGGCCACAUUGCCAUCCAAUAGCAGUCUGACCGGUGGUGGCAGUAGUGGCGGCUCAACCACGUCGUCGGUGCCCAACACUCCCAACCCUAACAACAAUCCAUUGAUUAAUUUCAGUAAACGCCGAAAAGUGGCCGAAAUUACCGGUGAAAUACAACAGUACCAAAACCAACCCUACUGUCUGACAGUACAGCCAGAAAUCAGGUACCAAAACCAACCCUACUGUCUGACAGUACAGCCAGAAAUCAGGCACUUCUUGGAGUCAUUGAAUCCAUUGGGAGAUCUCGACGAGAAGACACUAAUGGAUGAUCUCUACAACAAAUCAUUGGAUAUUGAACCGAGAAAUGCCAAACAAUUAAUUAAAUACCCGCGGAAAUGGCCGGACCUGACACUGAAAUCACCGGGAAUUAAGCCGCGCGGCAGUCGUGCCAAUCAUCUGCCGGCACUCCAAUCGCUGGACUCAUUACUUAACUCUCUGUCCAUAUCUCAAAACGAGGACUCAAUUGCCGACGACAGUCAAACCCAC